ACAAACAAAGGCCGGGGCUCGUUGCCCGGAGGCUCGAAGUUAGAGACGAGUCGGGCGUGUGACUGGCGCCCUGGCCGGCUGUGUGCGUGUGGCCUGGGAAAGGUGCCGUGCGCUGCUUCGGCGGCCCGGUGGUAUCGCCCGCAGCGCAGCGGGCGUUCGUUUGGGCGGGCGGUUCGAAGCGCCGGCUCCAGAGCGGAGGCCGCGCGGGUUCCGAGCUUACCGCGGCCUCAGGGGACGGGGCAGCAGGUGAGGCUGGGCUCGGCCCCCUGUGGUAUUGUCAUCACGCUCCUUGCCGUAACAUUGAAUCUGAGAAAUGGAGAGUGACAUUUAUCAAGUUUAUGAAGAUGAAAUUCAUUCUUUGGAAGAAGAAAUUGAACUGUUAACUCAAAAGUUUGAAAACAAACAAGAAUCUACAUUUUAUUCUGAUGAAGAGAUACAAAUAUCAAUAAAAUCACUCCAAGGAGAAUCUAAACAACAUGAAUCUCCACCAGAUCUGAAAGCUGAACUUGAUUGUUUAGAAUCUGACCUCUCUUUUUUAAUGAAAUUUACUGGCAUUUGGUUCACAAAUUACUCCAAGGAAACAGUGGAAAAAACUGGAAACAAAACUAUACAGAAGCACAGAUUAUCAGGAAAUUGCUAUUCACUGCCUUUUCAGAUGGAAUUUCAACUUCUAGAAAUACAGCCUGGAGUGCAAGUUAAUUGCCAGGAUUAUAGUAAUGAAAGCAUAUCUGCUGCUGUUACUGACCUCAGCAUUAUAAUGGAAUGUGGUGAAUAUUCGGAUUUAAGCAAGUUUGUGUCCAGUGCCGAAGAACGAGGAAACCUUUUGCUAUUUUUCAGAAGCCUUUCAUCCUUUGCUGAGUGGUGUGAACAUCGCAAAUGCACCUUCAAACAUUUCAAGGCCAAAUAUCCUGAUAUUGUAACACUUCCUGAAGGACCGUCUGGAGAUUACCUGGUUAUAAGGAGCCCUGAACUUUCUGGGUUUGAGUUAAUGAUUGUUUGGAAAAUAUACGUGGAUGAAGAAGGGAGAGUUACACCUGUCCUGGAUCUUCUGCCUAGAAUACCAGUGCAAGCCCUGCAGGAUAAGAAAGCAGCUGUUGAAAAUGGACCCCAGUGCUUCAGAAAUAUGCUCCUUUUGCUGGGGAUUGAGGCCUCCAUUGAAAGUCUGAUCAAAUCAGUUGGCAUGAAGAAAUGAAUACCACUUACAAAACUUAUAACUGGUAGAAAUUUGGAAAUUCUUUUAAUUAUGAUAUUGAGUUAUGCAGUCUAUAAUUUUAUUGAAUAUAAACAUUAAGUUAUUUUCCAUUUAAAAACCAUACCCAUAAAACAUGCUAUCUGUACAAUUAUGGCACGUUAUAUAUAAAUUGUCAUGACAUGAAAAAUAAAUACAGCAAUUUAAAUACAAAAAUGCCAAAUAAAAUAAUUACAGAGUGAAUUUCAUUAUAAAUUUAAAUUUCUGAAUUAAUGUACCAGAGUGGUUCUUCUGUCCUUAACAUUUUCUAGAACAGGUUACAGGAACAUGUGCUGUCAAAUUCAAGUCAAUAAAAAGUGGACGUUUCAUUUCACAGCUCUAUACAAAAAGUACAGUGAUUUUAAACAAAGAGAACAGUGACAUUGAAAGCAGAAUAAAGUUGUAUUUAAAUAUUCCUUCUACUCAAUUAAGAUAGAAGUACAGAAAUAAAUGAUCAAUACAGCCAAAUUUAAGUUUGUGAAGAAUAGUCGCAUGGUUAGAAAUCAAUUUUGUGAAUGCUAGUGAAACAGUACAGCUGCUGCUUUUUCUAUAAUGUCGAUGCAGAAUAGACAUUACUACUUUCACAAAGUGUUGCACUUUAAUUACUGUUUAUCAUGGUUUGGUUUCAAAGCACUGAAAGCUUGCACCAUCAUUGAGGAGUAUUGUCAACUUGAUACUUUACACAUUGCAAAUAAAUAUGAAGCAGUUUCAAGACAUUUCUUGCAACCUCAUUAUGCCCAUCAGUUAUUUUAGUAUUAGCUCACUUGUAAAUGUCUAGCAUUUCUCAAAGGGGGAAAACAGUCAAUUUUGCACUGGCGCUUUAAAAGUACUGUAAUAGCCAGCAAGUUUCCAUAUAGUUAAGUGACCUCCUCAUUUUACUUUUGGAGACCUUUAAACAUUGGGAAAGCGAUGGCAGGCAAGCUCAAAAUUAAUUGCUAAUACCUUAAAAAUGGUGUACUUGCAUAUAUGUUGGGAGUAAAUAUUUUUCUGGGCUCAGGGGCCAAAAAGGCUAUAAUUUAUGUAAACGGAGAACUCUCUUGCUAAGUAGUUUCAAUUAAGAGUUCUUCUGCAAACUCAAGUACAUGAUUCUGUAAGUAUGCAUACACAACUACGAUCUGGCGUACAUUUUGAUGGAGCAAGCAGUGUACACACAUUUACAUGCACACGUAAAGCAGAGUAAGGCUGGUAGAUCUUGGAUUAGACCUGCCUGUUUUAAAACAGUAAGCUUGUCAGUCAUUACCAGAAAAUAUCAAUCAUCUAUUUUGUCACUCAGUCUGUUCUGGCAAGGAAUAACUGAACUGAAGCACCAAUGUGGGUGGCUUGAUUCAGUCUUCCUACCCCCACAGAACGAGCAUGUGGUUGAGCAACAGAAGGCAUUAAAUGCUGCCAGACUGCAGUUUAUUUCAAAUUUCUUCUUAUUCAGACAUAGAAAAGGUUGUUUUGGGGUUCUGCUGCUAAGCAGGCAGAACUAACUAAUACUACUACAUCCAUUUCACUAUUUUUGUGUAAUCCUGAUUCUUUGUGCCAGCGAGUUUCCUCUUUAAAAUACAUAUGGCAGCAAACUACAGUUAGAUGCUUCCUGCAUGUACAUGGAAACUGAACUAUGGUGUGUACAUACACCAAGAGUGGAAAGUUACAGCAUAAACCUGACCACAGUAAGGUUUUUUUUCCUGCUGUAGGUAACUCAUCAUCAUUUUGACUAAAAAUGACCAGCCCCUUUGAAUGAAAUGUGACUUUUCUUUUAAUUCUCUGCUCAGAAGGUGAUAUUAUUACAACACUGCAGCUAGCCACACAGCAAACUGCAAUAAAUCAACAACUAGGUCAGACUGCUGUGGAUAUAACAAGUCUAAUCUAAAGAGCAAACAACUGCACCCCAGAAAGGCACAUUACUAACUGGUGGUAGGUUUAGUGGAUCAAAGUAACAUGGUUCACUUCUAAGUGUUAAGCAAUACUGCUGUAUAAAUAAAUUUUCAUUAAGACUAUCACCACUCUGGGCCCAACUGUCAAAUGGGCCAUGGUUUCACAGAAUUGUACAUUGGGUCCUGCCAAUGAACACGGCGCCAUUUUUUAUGAAAGCCAAUACUCUGAAGAAGUUCAAAUAAAAUGCAAUGAAACAAAGGGCAUUAGAUUCAAGCUCCCAAUAUAAAUCUACUGUACUACUUUAUAGGGAGAGGUAAGUCCUUGUUAAGACAACCUCCAUAUUUUGAAACUUAUUACCAUUACAUACCUACUGUAUACAGAUAGCAGCAUUUCAAGAUGGGCUUGAAUAACAUCUCCUUGUACAGUCUUAGGGUAUGAGAGCCCCAAAGAAAUGUAAAGAAAGCUUUUCAACAGCUAAGAGAACCUGUAGUUCAUUAUACCACAAUACCCACAUUUCUGAAUUCAUAGUUUCAUCCCACUGUUUUUGAUCUAGUUGAACCUGUUUCACUUUUAAACUUCACAAGCAUCAGGGAAUAGCACCUCAUCCACACAAAUCAUCUCCAGCUUGGCAGAAUGUGUUUAACUUGUUACCACACAAACUAAAGCCACUGCUAAAUGUUGGUACAAAGUUAACUGACACCCACCAUCAAGGAAAAGUCACAACCUACGAUUACAAUGAACUUUACAAGAUAAAGCAGAUACCAUCUGUCAACCCUUUUCUCAAGAAAAUGUCAUUGCAGUCACAGCCUGAUUCAAGAGCAGCCUUUGCUAGCUGCUGUUUAAUGCACAAAAAAGUUGAGAAGCAUCUGAUUUAAGUCCAAAAUCACAUGGACAAAAAUUGAGUAUACGAUUCCUAUAGCUAAAUUUGAAUUAGGAAAGAGCUAAUUUCUGAUUCACUAAUUUAGCAGGACUAGCUCAGUGUGGACCAUUGGAUCAAAGCCUGAUAUGUUCAACCAGCAAAUAAUUAAAAAUCAAGGCUGCUUCCCUAGUAAAAUCCCUAACCCUUACCCCUUAUUUUGUGAAUUUCUACUUACAUUUAUACAAAUCGUUACAGAAAGCUUUUUCAGACUGAUCACAACACUUUUGGAAGCAGAGUCUGGAGUUCUCAAUUUCACUCACUCUGCUUAAAAUAGAUUUGCACUAACAUGCGAGCUCUACCUAGCCAGCACCAAAGAGCAAUUAUACAAUUCAGUAGUGCGUUUUGUUUUUUAAACAUUAAAUUACAUGGGCAGCAAUUUAUUUUGAAUUAAGUUUAGUGCAUUUGUAAUGUGCUCAGUGCGGCUUAAUUUUAAAUUUGGUUUUAUUAAUGCAGGGAGUGGAGGGUUUGCUUUUGUUUUAAAAUAUUGAGUGUUAAAAUGCACAAGGUGCAAGGCCAUCCUGUAAUUCUCAUGUUAAUGAUCAGGCUUUCUGCAUUAGUGCAAUGUAUCUGGAAAUUCCUAACUCUGCACUGAAAAAUAAAUGAGAAUUAAUCCAGAAUAUUUCAUUCGGUGCUUCACAUAGUAGUCAUUCAAUUUUAAGAACAUGGACUUAAACCUCAAGUUGAUUUGUCAUGUUGUUGCAGGGUAUGGCACACAUCUGUUCUGUAAUAUUGAAUACAUUCCUUCAGAUUAAGUUUAUAUAUUGGAAGGUGUUUUUUUAGUACUAUGCCAUGUCUUUGAAAGGCAUACCCAUUAAAAUAUAUUUCUUAAAGCAAAAACAUUCACAGCUGAAAAAUGCACUGAACAUAAUAGAAAAUCAAUGUAAGUACAUUUCAUUAACCC